AUGGCUCAGUAUCACCCCAUAUUGGUGGAGCUUAAAAACGGGGAGACACACAAUAGGCACCUGGUAAGCUGCGAUAACUGGCUGAACAUGAACCUGUGUGAGGUGAUCUGCACAUCCAGGAACAGGGACAAGUUCUGGCAGAUGCCCAAGUGCUACAUCCAUGGCAGCACCAUCAAGUGCCUGAGCAUCCUCAACAAGGUCAUCGACAUGGUCAAGGAAGAGGUGGUAGCCAAGGGUCGUGGCUGUGGUGGCCUGCAGCAACAGAAGCAGCAGAGAGGCCAAGGCCUGGCGGGUACAAGGCAAAGUGUGUUUGGUGGCCAGGGUUGA